ACAAACACUAAAAAUUUUUUGCGAAGUGUGGAGGUACGUUCGAACUUUGAAUUCCAACUUUACAUUAUUUCAGUCAAAAAAUAAUUCUUUUUAUGAAUUUUGUGUGUAAAGUUUCAUUUUUAACUGAUCAGUCUUCAUUUGAAGCUCCUCUACGUCUUCCGAGCUGAUGUCGAUUGUGGUUUAUUUAUAAAUAGCGUCGCUUCAAAAUCGCAGUAGUUUCCAUUGUUUGUAUCCAGAGCUUCAUAUCCGUGCUGAAAAAAAAACGAAAUGCCAGCCGAAGACCUGAUAAGCUUAUUCUGUUCGAUCGGUCUAAGCGAACAAAAAGCUAAAGAAACGGUGAAAAACGAUAAUCUAAGUAAACGUCUGAAAUCUAUCUUAGAUGAAGCUUCCAAACACGGACCUGUCUCCGAAUUCGGCACCUUGUAUUAUCAACUCGCGUCGAAAAUAAAACCGCAGCAAGAAAAACAAGUGCCAUUUCUUAUUCAGAACAUAAUCAGUAAGAAAUUAGAUAACGUCCAACGAGUAGACGCGGCUUUACAGUAUUUAUUAACAGAGAUGAAAGCUGACUUGGACGUGAAAGCUUUCGAAGAAUAUUGCGGCAUCGGUGUAGUAGUCAGUGCUGAUGAUAUAGAACAAGUAGUCGAAGAAGUAAUAGAAAAACACAAAAAAGAUAUUGUUGAGAAACGUUACAAAUUCAACUCGGGAAUAAUACUUCAAGAAGUGCGGAAUCGAUUGAAGUGGGCUGAUGGCAAAGUAGUGAAAAACGAAGUCGAUUUACAGAUAUUAAAUUUACUCGGCCCUAAAACCGAAGAUGACAUGAUGUCUGGCAUGAAAAAAGACAAAAGCGCCGCUAAAAGUAAAAAACCUCCGGCUGAGAAUAAAGUUCCUACCAAAGUUGCUGAAAAGAAUGAACCAGUGAAAAGUAUUAGCGAAUCUAGUCUUUCGAUUUUAGAUGUUAUGAAGAAGCUUAAUUUUCAUAAACCGGGUGAAAAUUAUGUUACCGAUGGUUACGUCGUUACCGAAAAUACCCAACGAUUGCUUAAAGAACAUUUGGCUAUCACCGGUGGUCAAGUUAGAACGCGAUUUCCGCCGGAGCCCAAUGGAAUUCUGCAUAUUGGCCAUGCCAAAGCUAUCAAUAUUAAUUUCGGUUACGCCAAAGCUCACGAUGGUGUUUGCUUCUUAAGAUACGACGACACAAAUCCAGAAAAAGAAGAAGAAAAAUUUUUCAUCGGUAUUCGCGACAUGGUCGAAUGGUUGGGCUACACACCUUAUAAAAUAACCCAUUCAUCCGAUUACUUCGAUCAGCUCUACGAAUGGGCCAUCAAACUGAUCGAAAAAGGUUUAGCGUACGUGUGCCAUCAAAAACAAGAAGAAAUCAAAGGUUUCAACCCUCCUCCUUCUCCAUGGCGGGAUCGUCCUAUCGAAGAAAACCUGAUUUUAUUCGACGACAUGCGUAAUGGUCUAAUAGACGAAGGCCAAGCCACCCUCAGAAUGAAAAUAACUUUGGAAGAAGGUAAACAAGAUCCAGUCGCUUACCGUAUUAAAUUCUUACCACAUCCUAGAUCAGGUAACAAGUGGUGUAUUUAUCCUACCUACGAUUAUACUCACUGUUUAUGCGACUCGAUCGAACAUAUCACGCAUUCUUUAUGUACGAAGGAAUUCCAAUCACGUAGAUCGGCUUAUUACUGGUUAUGCAACGCAUUAGAUCUCUACUGUCCGGUCCAGUGGGAGUAUGGUAGACUGAAUGUAAACUACACCGUUGUUUCGAAACGUAAAAUCGCUAAACUAAUUCAGACAGGAAUCGUUCGAGAUUGGGACGAUCCUCGGCUAUUCACAUUAACCGCUUUACGACGACGGGGUUUCCCCUGCGAGGCUAUAAAUCGUUUCUGCGCCAAAAUGGGAGUUACCGGAGCCCUGACCGUAGUUGAUCCUCAAAUGCUCGAAUCCGAAGUACGUAACGUAUUGAACGAUACAGCACCUCGAACUAUGGUCGUGAUGGAACCGUUAAAACUCAAGAUUCUCAACUUCAAAGAAUUAAAUAUCUGCAGCUCGAUCGAUGUGCCUGAUUUUCCCAACGAUGCUGAUAAAGGACAUCACAAAGUAUCCUUCGGUGAAAUUGUAUACAUUGAGAAAACAGACUAUAAAAAAGAAUCGGAUAAAAGUUACCGGCGACUGGCCCCUAAUCAAUCGGUAGGCCUUAGGUAUGCCGGUAUCGUUAUCAACGUUAAGAAAGAAAUCAUCGAAAACGAACAAAUCGUCGGUUUAGAAGUUGAAGCCCAUAAAGCCGAAGCGUCCAACAAACCUAAAGCUUUCAUUCACUGGGUUUCCAAUCCCAAAUGUAUCGAAGUUCGAUUAUACGAUAGAUUAUUCAAGCAUAAGAAUCCCGAAGACCCGAAUGAAGUCAAAGAUGGAUUUUUAUCCGAUAUUAAUUCCGAUUCUUUGAAAAUUGUCACCGCUUUGGCUGAUCAGUCGUUAAGCGGGCUUGCCACGUAUCAAGCUUAUCAGUUCGAGAGAAUCGGAUUCUUUUCUGUCGAUCCCGAUACUAGCGAUUCGUGUUUAAUAUUUAAUCGAACGGUUACUUUGAAAGAAGAUUCGGGGAAAGCUUAAUUACAUCGUGUACUUAAUAAUUACCUAUGUGUAUUCAAAGUUUUCGUGAAACUUUCUCAUUGUAUGUGGUAUCGUAUUUGAAGGAUUUUUUUUUCAAUCAAUUCAUCGCGUGACUUGUGUGAUAUUUGUAAUUUUAUUCAACCCAAAUCCGGUUUCAAAACAUCUUUUAUCGCAGUUGUGUUUUCAGUCAGUAUUUUUAAGCACCGUUGAAUUUUAUAUUACAACUUUUCACUGUGA